UACACAGUUUGUGUUUUUCAGCAUGACUUUAAUGUAAAUUAUGACCAAGUUUUUUCAUAUAUAACUUUCAUUCACAGACAACAUGAAAUCACAUAAGGCUAAACAUAGCUUAGUGUCACAGCAUGUAUUUUAUGAAUUCGCAAUGAAUCAUAUAGUGUUUGUCAGACAUGUAUUAUUGUAAGUUAUGAUAAAGUGCGACCAUUGUACUGGAACAGUGAUGAAACGCUCCGCGCGCAUUUCACGCGUCUGGUGUGAUGCGCGCUCAUCACGUGCUUCAGCUCGAGCCAUCCAGCCGCUUCGAGCAGAACAAACUAUCUCACCUCUCAGGAAAAACCUUCAAGAUUGACGUCAAAAAGAUUAAGCUAUUCGGACACAUCGAGCUGAACGCGGAGGAAUCGGAUGUGAGUGGAAGUGUUGGGAAACCUCCAGGUCAGGACCAAGUGCCUUUCCUCGUCUCCGGCAGCCCGUGGGAAGUUUCUUUCCAUGAAAAACCCAUCUGACACACAUGAUCUGCUCCAUACGCACUCAUUCUGGACCAGCGGGGACACUUCCAUAUCCAUAGAUUGUAUAACAACCAACAUAAGACGAGACUGGAUUGUAUAUUCCCUAUACGAACUGUGAGAUUUGGGGUGCAUGCAUAAAUACCAAGAAGCUGCAUUAGAGAGUCAUUGACCAAAGAGAACGAAAAUGGACCCGCCGAAUAAGGAGAUACGGUCACCGGAGAACGGCCCCAGCUCGGCUCGGCCCUGUUGCUCAAGCCUCAAGAUGUUCCUUGUGGCCUUGUCCUUUGCCUACUUCGCCAAGGCAUUAUCUGGGAGCUAUAUGAAAAGCACAAUAACUCAGCUGGAAAGACGCUUCGACAUCCCCAGUUACUUAAUAGGUGUCAUUGAUGGCAGCUUUGAAAUAGGUAACUUGUUAGUGAUCGCCUUCGUGAGUUACUUUGGUGCCAAACUUCACCGUCCGAAGAUCAUCGCCAUCGGCUGCCUGUUGAUGUCACUUGGGACUUUUUUAAUUGCCUUGCCGCAUUUUAUAAUCGGACGCUACAAGUUUGAAACAUCGAUUCGAUCAUCAGUGAACUCCACCAGUAACCUCUCUCCAUGUCCAGUGAGGUCAAGCGUCCCGGCCGUGGGUCCCAGCGCUUCUUCAGCGCCGAGCUCAGGUUGCGAACACGAGUCCGUGUUAUCCAUGUGGAUCUAUGUUUUCCUUGGGAAUAUCUUGCGAGGAAUCGGUGAGACCCCAGUGCAACCUUUGGGAAUCUCCUACAUCGAUGAUUACGCUCUGGAGGAGAACGCAGCCUUCUACAUCGGAUGCGUCCAGACGAUAUCAGUCAUCGGUCCGGUGUUCGGCUACCUGCUGGGGUCCGUCUGUGCCAAGAUAUACGUGGACAUUGGAUUUGUCAACAUGGAGAGCAUUAGCAUCACCCCGGGAGAUGCACGCUGGGUGGGCGCAUGGUGGCUGGGAUACCUUAUUGCAGGAUUCAUCACCCUGCUCUCGGCGGCGCCGUUUUGGUUCUUGCCCAAGUCUUUGCCCCUGCCAGAGAAACGGCUUGCCAAAUAUUCUCCAGAGCGGACCCAAUUCAUCAAAGACUCGCCCCUGCUGGAGCACAAGUACCACGCAGACCAGCCAGCCAACUUCCUAGAAAUGGCCAAAGACUUUUUGCCAACGCUCAGAUCCCUUUUGGGGAACCCAGUCUACUUCUUGUAUCUGUGCAUCACCAUCAUCCAGUUCAACUCUUUGAUCGGUAUGGUGACGUACAAGCCGAAAUACAUCGAGCAACAUUACGGACAGUCAGCGUCCAAAGCCAACUUCUUAAUGGGAGCGAUCAACAUCCCAGCCGUAGCUUUGGGAAUGUUCUCCGGGGGAGUGAUCAUGAAGAAGUUCAAGCUGAGCAUCAUGGGAGCAGCCAAGUUUGCGCUGGGAACGUCUCUCCUGGGCUACUUCCUGUCGCUUUUCUUCUUCGCCAUGGGAUGUGAGAAUGCCAGCGUGGCCGGCAUCACCAGGUCAUACACUGGGGAGGAAAGUCUGUACAAAGUGGACAGUUCUCUCUUAGCGUCCUGCAACACAGACUGUCAGUGUCCCGAAACAAACUGGGACCCCGUGUGCGGUGAGAACGGCCUCACCUACGUCUCCCCCUGCCUGGCUGGAUGCCGGACGUCCCACGGCUCUGGACUGGACACGGUGUUCGAGCAGUGCAGCUGUGUAGCAGUCGGGAAUCAUACGGCCAGUGCAGGCCAGUGCAACAACAGAGACAGCUGCCAUCGAGUCUUCCCCUACUUCCUGGCUCUGUCUGUCAUCACUUCCUUUAUCAUCUCGCUGGGAGGAACACCAGGAUACAUGCUGCUCAUCAGGUGCAUCAGACCUCAGCUGAAGUCUUUAGCUUUGGGUUUUCACACACUGACGACACGCACUCUAGCUGGAAUCCCAGCUCCUAUAUACUUCGGAGCCAUCAUAGACACCACCUGUCUGAAAUGGGGUCAGAAGAAAUGUGGAGGGAGAGGAGCCUGUCGAAUCUACAACACCACUGCCUACAGGAUAGCAUAUCUGGGCCUGACGCUGGGUUUACGGACCGCUUCCUUCUUGCUGUGCAUCCUGGGACUGGUGGUGUUACGACGGCACGUUCGGAGGCAAGAGCACAUGACGCUCACAAACGGAGGCACAGGGGCCACGGCCGGCGAACUGCAGGCCCUCAGGAAAGAAGAAAACAACAGCUGUAACUCGGAUCAAUGCCCGCGGACUGCAGAUUACGACCCGGAACGGGAGACGCGUUUGUGACGUUUGUGCACAUGCAUGCACGCCUGCACAGGGAGCAACAGGGCCGUGAUGUCUCACCUUCAAUCGGACUCAUGUAAAUGAUGUCAAAUAAGUUGUUUUUGAUAAAGUAGAAGUAUUUCUUGAAUGUACAUGAUGUUUUGGGGAACAAAAGAAGAAGAAGAAUGUCUUUCAAACUCCCUAACUUGUUGGGAUUUAACGUAAAGAUGCUUUUAGAAGCAUCUGACGCCCUAAAUAGAGGCAAUUAAGCAUUGGAUUUCCUUUCAUUUCAGCCAUCGUCGUGCACAGGCCCUAUAAGAUUACCAUGAUUAUACCUCGUGGGUUCAUGAUCACGUCUGUUGCAUCUCUCUCUUCUGUCAUACACACAGAUAGAUGCCUGAAACAGUUGACCACGACACUGUGCUUAAUAUAAUUAGGCCUUGUUAAGCAGGGUAUAGGUUGACUAAGCUGUUGGAAAUCUCGAAUUUGCGUCACUGUUGUGCUUUUCAGUGUCACCUUCUAUUUAAGGAACCGUGCAAACAGGUGUGUGAUGCCGUGGUAUGCAAGUCAUCAUCUUCAUGAUCGAUGUUGUGCGAUGUCCUUGUGUGUGUGUGUGUGUUGUUACGUGUGAACGGGUGCAUUCCUGUGCCAAAAAAACAAAACACAAAAAGUGCAAGAAAGCAAAGUCAACAUGGUCUAUUCUCAGGUCGUUCAAACAAUUGUUCCUCAGAUUCGCAAAUAAUGUUCUUUUAUAUAUUUGUAUAUAAUGAACUGAAGUUCACCAGUUAAAUAAGCAUUUUUCUUUGUGACUUGUAAAGCAGAUAAGAUGAGUGGCAUUUAUUACUUGCUUUAACGUUAGGCAGUAUAUAAUUUUAUUUGCUGAUAUGUUUUUU